AGCUGUCUGAACUGCCGUCAACGACGCUCAUACUGUUCCAAGGAAAAACCUACAUGCUCGAGAUGCCGUGAUUCUCGAUUGACGUGCAUUUACGAGGGGGCGCGGAAGGUUUUGGUCAAUGAGUCCUAUUUACGAGAGCUUGAAGCAAAAGCAAAAGCCUUGGACAGUAAGCCGCUUAUGCUCCUUACUAAGACUGCAUGUAUUUAUGCAGGCAUGCAGCCUAGCGGUUCGACUACUGCGCUUCGCCACCGCAAUACCAACGACGAAGAAGACGACUUUGAAGAUGAGCAGCCUCUGCUUGAGCCGUUUACUCAACUCACCUUCCUCUGCGAUACCGAGAGCAUGAAAUAUUCUAAUCCCAAAUAUUCCACAGGCUUUCAAGGCCCUGCAUCAGCAGACAACUUCCUUCGCAAUGUGAGAAAGUUGUCUGGUUUCCAAGGCGAUGAUGGAAGUCUUGAUUUAGUGUCUAAUUUCUAUGAGCCUGACGCUCUACCUUCACGGCGACAAGUUGUGUUCAGCAUUCGCUCACGACUCCCCCCUAUUGACAUGGCACGAAGGCUUUUUUCAGCACAGUACAUGUAUAUCGGCACCAUUUUUGCAUUUACCGAUCCUAGAGACUCGUUUGAGCGUUUGCUUCUCGAAGCAUAUAGUGGAUUACCAGAUCCUUCCGAUAAGACAGCAUGUUUGGAAUAUGCCAAGGUGCUCCUUAUUCUUGCUUUUGGGCAGCUAUACUCGGUGAAUCAAUGGGUGGACUUUCGAGGACCACCGGGGUUCGAUUAUUUUAGAGAUGCACUGAAUCUCCUCCCCGAGACCCAUGAAGAAGGGUCUAUUCUAUGUGUUGAGACUUUGGCGCUUGCAGGGUAUUUCAUGCAAAAUAUGAAUCGUCAAGAUGCUGCAUUUCAGUAUAUCGGCAAGGCUUUGCGCAUGGCCAUUUCGCUUGGGCUGCAUCAGGAGGUGAACCCUCACUACAACUCACAGCAGGGCCCGGCUUUAGACAAAGCGGAAAGAGAGCAUCGCCGACGAGUUUGGUGGUCAAUCUAUAGCUUGGACAGGAUUCUGUGUGUCAAGUCUGGCAAUCCCAUCACUAUUCAGGAUGAGGACAUAGGAGUAGCCAUGCCAUCGCCGCUCCCAGGAGACGCCGAGUAUUGUCCUGCUGUGGUGCUGCGACAUUACACUGAACUGUCUCGCAUUCUUGGCCGGAUUCACAUGACUAUAUAUCGCAGAUCGAACAAAUCUGCACCAAAAUCUGGCAAGAGCCUCAUGGCGUCAGUGCAGAGCAUCAUCCUCUCGCUUUCGAAAUGGAAUCGCGAACUGCCUGAUGAGUUGCGCUUCGACCCUGCGCAGCUUACCUUUAGCCGCGAGAGUGUUGGGGCAUUUGCGCACUACUAUCAAUGCAUUAACAUGACUGUGCGGCCGCUGCUGUUUCAUGUGGUGCAGAAGCGUUUGAAGGCGAUUCGAAGCGGUGAUGGUCCGGCCGAGAAGGAGCGUGAUUGGAAGGAAGGGCUUUCGCAGACGACGGUGAGAGUUAUUGACAUGUGUAUUGGAGCGGCACAAGAUGUUAUCAAUAUGAUGACUAUUGUAGCGCAGAGAGACUUGGUUGCAACAUAUGGCUAUAUGGACGGGGAGCACAUCUUUUCUGCCACAAUCGUGCUCGUCAUGGUAUGCACAGCAUUUCCUGACAAUGCUGCCAACAACUUGGCCAUGGCGGCUGGGCUCGGCUUGUUGAGGAAUAUGGGCGAGCGAGGGAACAGCCAUAUGGGCGCUCGCUAUGAGUUGCUGGCGAACAUCUACUCGGGCUCGAGCAUUGUCUCUCCCGCCGCUCAUCACCAGCAAUUUGCCAUGAUGACGCCUGUCUCUCAAACUGCCACCCCAAUGAAUGGUAAGGGAACUGUUACGCCGCGCAUCUCGAUGGCUCCAUACCCCAUUACCGCAUACAAUACUGCCGUAAGCAGUGCAAAUGGGCCCUUUAACUUCCCAGCCGUCAAUAAUGAUGCAUUGAACGAACCGUUUUAUGACGAGAGUGUGAGCACGGGAAUGGAUUUUGGGCUUUGGGAAGAGGGAUUUGCAUAUCCGACAAUGGAUUUAGACCUAGAUUUGGCGCAGCGCACAUCCGCAGCUGGAGGAGUCGGCGGCCCAGAUAUUCGCGAGUGGAUGAUUGAUUUUAUGGGCCAAGGUAAUUCUGUAUGA